AUGCCUGAACAACAUAGUGCAGUUCCAGGUUAUGAUACUUUGAUUAGAUUUUUGGUUCCAUUAUUGGAUACUUUUGCGUUGUAUGGUAGACCUAAAAGAUUAAAUGCUAAUAAAAGUGAAAUGAAUUCUCUAUUGUUUGGGUUACCAGUUUUACCACAUGUUCAUUAUUUGGAAGUUGAUGAUCUUAUAUUAUUGGCAAGCUCUCCACAAUCAAGUAAUUGGCUACUGACUGAAUGGAGAAUGAAGAUCAAAGAGGUUUUAGGUAGAAAACUUACAAAUGGUUAUACAGGAUGUGGAUCUAAUCAUGGGGUUAUUGGUGCUAUUAGUUCACCAGCUUUCAACUCAAAUGAAUUUCUGGAUGUUAGAUCCGUCAACAGUGGUAAUAAUAGGCCAAUAUCACCAUUAUCACCAAGUUUUUUCCCUGCACCAAAGUUCAAAAGAGAUUCACUGAUUUCUAAAAACAGUUCAAUCAAUGAAUCUGGUGGAGAAUUAAGUGAACCAUCCUCACCACCAAAACCAACCGUUAAUAGAAAUUCAGAAAUCACUCAGAUUUAUGAAGACUAUUCAAAUGUUGCGCAAAUGGGUAAUAAAGCUAAUGGAGGUGUUGAUGCUGGUACUGGUGCUGCUAUGGGAAGAUAUAAUAAAUCAAAUGAAAAUGUGAGCCAAAGAAAUAAACAAUUUGGAAAUGGUAAUAUUGGUUAUGCUUCGAAUGGUGGUGCUAGAUUAGAAGAUCCAUACAAUGUUUCACAACAACAACAGCAAGGUGCUUCAAGAUCUCAAACCUCAUUAGAGAAAGCCACUAGAGGUAAUACAGAUCCAUAUUCCAAUUUCAAGAAUUCAUCUUCAAACACUUAUUUGAAUAAUAAUGAUGAUGACGAUGAUGAUUUUGAAGAAGAUUUCAAUAGAGGCAUUUCAGCAUUAUCAAUGAAUGAAUCAAAGAGAGGAGCAGCAGGAUCUGAUGAUGUUUUCAAUCCAGAUUAUCAUAAUCGUUCCAAUGAAGUAAUUCGUGAUGAACCUGCUUUGAAAGUCCAAACUCCAAGUAAACCAUUACCAUUACCAAAUAUUAAGAUUGAGCAAGUUUCUCCUUAUACAAGUGGCCGUAUAAACUCCAGCUCGCCAACUACAUCACAUGCCCCAACACUACCAAAGAAGGAUUCAUUCAGCAAUGAACAACCGUCAAACCAAUAUCAAUAUAAUAAUGGCUCAAGACCACCUGCUCAAGCAUAUUCAUCAUUGAUUCAAGAACCAAAGAAUGCACCAUUGCCUCCACAACAUCAACAACCAUCACAAGCACCAUAUCCACAACAAAGACCACCUCAGCAGCAGCAACAACCUCAGCAAGGUCAACCACGCUUACACUAUCCACCACAACAGCAACAACAACAUGGUUAUCAACAACAUAGACCACCACCACUUCAACAACAACAACAGCAAAGACCUGGAGGCUAUCCACCUCAGCAACAACCACAACAGCAUCAACCUAGACCUCAACAGCAACAACAACCAUAUCCACAACAAGGAUAUCCACCUCAUCAACAAGCACCACCUCAACAAUAUCAACAACGUCCACCACCUCAACAAGGAUACCCAUCACAAGGUCAACCACAACCUCAACAACGUAGAGGGCCACCACCACCUCAAGGAUAUGGACAAGGAUACCCACCACCUCAAGGAUAUGCUAAACCACCAGUUCAACAACAACAACCAUAUGGAGGAUAUCCACCUCAACAACAAGCAAGAACCAAUCCACCUAGAGCUCAACACGAGUAUGGAUCAGCCCCACCACCUCAACAACAACAAGGAUAUCCACAACGUAAGCCAGUUAAUCCAUAUAAUGCUGCACCUCCAUCUGGUGGUAAUCCAUAUUCUCAAGGGAACCCAUAUGCUAGAUAA